AUGGAUCAUCUCUGUUCUUCUUAUGCUAAUUACUAUUCACUGGUAAAUGAGCAUUUUAUUAGACUAGGAAAACGUUUCGAUAGACUCUUAAAUUGCAGUGUGGAGGCCAAUCCCAUUGGAACUCUUCCCGGAUCACCACCUACUAACUUCAAACAGUAUUCUGGUUACUUAACAGUCGGAACGAAAAAGCAAAUAUUCUACUGGUUUGUUGAAUCUCAGCAUAAUCCUAGUGGUGAUCCCUUGGUGUUGUGGCUUAGCGGUGGACCAGGAUGUUCCGGCAUUGCCUCUCUUCUCACAGAAUGGGGACCAUUCAUGGUCAAUGACGAUGGGAAAACGCUUAGGAAAAACCCAUAUUCUUGGAAUACGAAGGCCUCCGUUCUUACUAUGGAUUCCCCAGGUGGUGUUGGAUAUUCCUAUGCCGAUAACGGCUACAUCGAUACUGAUGACGAUCAGACAGCCAAAGAAAAUUGGGAGUUCCUGGUCGAGUUUUUCAAGAAGUUCCCACAAUACCAAAGGAAUGACCUCUACAUAAUUGGAGAGUCCUAUGGAGGUUCGAAAGGCUUUCUGAUCGUUUUCGUGGAUCUUUCUUACACAGAAUGGGUCAAAAGGGAGAAGGCUAUUAGCUUGGGAGAAGGAGGAGCGCAAGUUCAUGCGUGCGUGGCCGUCGCUAUUGACUGCAGGCUCCUCGGCACGGAUGUGCUUGCACUUCUUACUUUCCAGUUGCUUAUUCAAGUGUUGCCAAGCUAUGAAAUUUUCAAUUUUGAGCCAAAUGCAAACCCUGCAGGUAUCUACGCUUUCACUUUGGGACAAAAAAUUCUAGAAAUGCAGCGCUAUUUCCACAUGAACAUCGAGGUGAGUCCACGUCUCUACGGCUGUAGGAGUGAUAGAACUUGGGUCGAGCAGAGUGUACAGACGUCACAAGCAUUACAUGCUCAGUCAAAGCCGAUCGCUUCACGUUUGCGCCGUGCACUUCACUUCCAUUGA